GCGGGCCCCCCGCGGCGGAGGGGGAGGGCCCGGACGGACAGACAGCCCGAGGCCCCGCGCCAGGGCACCGGCACCGCCGCCGCCGUCGUUCCCCGGGGCUGAGGAGGCCCGGAGCCCGGAGCGCGGGAUGCUGGGCCUCAUGGGCCGCUGCUGCAGCUGGCUCAAGCGCUGCCGGGACCCCGUCAGAAAGGUGACCCUUGUGAUGGUGGGACUCGAUAAUGCUGGUAAAACUGCAACAGCCAAAGGCAUCCAAGGAGAGUGUCCUGAAGAUGUAGCUCCAACUGUUGGAUUUUCCAAAAUUGACCUUAGACAGGGAAGAUUUGAAGUCACCAUUUUUGAUUUGGGAGGAGGAAAGAGAAUUCGCGGCAUCUGGAAGAAUUACUAUGCAGAAUCUUUUGGGGUCAUAUUUGUGGUGGAUUCCAGUGAUGAGGAGCGAAUGGAGGAGACGAGAGAGACAAUGACCGAAGUUCUAAGACAUCCCAGGAUAUCAGGAAAGCCAGUAUUGGUAUUGGCAAAUAAGCAAGACAAAGAAGGGGCGUUGGCAGAAGCAGAUGUAAUUGAAUGCUUAUCGCUGGAAAAACUUGUCAAUGAACAUAAAUGCCUGUGUCAAAUAGAGCCUUGUUCAGCAGUUAUGGGCUAUGGAAAGAAGAUUGACAAAUCCAUAAGAAAAGGCCUUUAUUGGCUUCUGCACAUCAUUGCAAAAGAUUUUGAUGCCUUAAAUGAGCGCAUCCAGAAAGAUACUUUAGAACAACGAGCUUAUGAGGAGCAAGAGAAACUGGAGAGAGCUGAACGAGUGAGAAAGCUUCGUGAAGAAAGGGAACAACAAGAAAGAGAAGAAGCAGAACACGAAGGGAGAAACAGACCUUUUGAGGUGGAAACAGAGCCAAUCAUUGUUAAUAAUCCCUUUCAGCCUAUAGCUGCUGUAAUACUCGAGAAUGAAAAAAAAACUGAAAAAGAGAAAAAAAAGCAGCCGCUGGAGAGUGGUGGAGACGACACUCAUCCGAAACCUAAACCUGAGCAGGAACAAAUGGAGACACAGAGCCAUACCAGCUGUAGUAGCCAAAAAAUAAAUGAGUGUGGACUAGUAGAGACUUAUAAAAUGGCAUUAACACAGCAGUUGGAGAAUGAAGAUGAGAUUGACCAACAGUCCUCCGAUUGCCUUGACCCAGAUAACAAUAAGAAGAAAACAAAGAAAUUGAGAUUAAAAAGAAGCCAUCGGGUAGAACCUGUCAAUACUGAAGUAUCUGAUGCUAAGACUCCAACACCACCUCCACCACCUCUCCCUGUUGGCUGGGGAACCCCUAAAGUCACUAGACUUCCAAAACUUGAGCCUCUUGGUGAAACCCGUCAUAAUGAUUUCUACGGGAAGCCUCUGCCUCCUCUGUCCAUCCGACAAAGGCCUAACAUCGAGACCCACGAUGUCAUCCACUGACCAAAUCCCAAGUGAUACUUAUUUUUCAAGAAUAACAGGUUUUUAAUGGUGAAAUUAAUCUGACACUUAUCUUUAAAAACAAACAAAACGGUAAAAACAUCACACAAUGAAACUGCCAUUCCAUCAAGAGGACACAUUUGAAUCCCUCGGUAUGGUAUUUCAACCACAAGGUCAGUUGUACUUAAUUUUUCUACUGGACUUAUCAUUCAGAACACAUGCUGGCUCUUUGUGGUUUAGACUUAGAGGAAAUGGACAAAAUGAUUAAUAGACUUCCCAUGACUGUGUAGAUUGGAAACAAACGGGCACUUCAGUGUUCCCCCUUGGGUUUAUAAAACAACAUUAGUGGCCAAAGUUAUGAAGGAAGUACCUUCAAGCCAAGAGCCGUUGAAUCCUGCACACUUACUGUAGCUCAUUUGUUGAAUAAUCAGUUAUUUCUGUACUUAGGUAAUUUUGUAGGAUAUUCUGUGCAUGGUAAGGGAAAGCCUGGGAAUUCUAAGAUAAAGUUUCUAACUCUAUUUUUAUAUUUUUUUCUAAAGUUUAUGUUGGAGAAUUUGUGUUCACUUAGGUAAUACUGAUUUCUAGCCAUAGGGAUUCUCUGUCUUCAUCUGAAUGGAGUCUAGAAAGGGAUAUGGACUUCUGAUGUAACCAUUAUAUGUAGGACAGAUUUAUGUGGCUUGUGUAUUUUCUUUCCAGUAAUAAUACAUUCCCAUGAGAAGACUAGCAUUGCCUGAAUUCGCUACCAGAUAUCCUAUUCCAAAUUAUUCCAGUUGAAUGGAUUACCCAAAGAGUGUUUAAUAUUUGAACGAUGUUUUUUUAAUAAAUGAAAGAAAUUUGGAGUUUCUUCGAUCAGUACCUUUUCUUUUUAUAAAUUAUACUGUAUUCAUAUUUGAGAGCCCUUCCUGAGUGAAUUUCAAAAUAAUGAGCUGGGCUCUCCCAUUGUCCAAGCUCCUCUGUAGGUGUAAGGUGUUUACUUUUUGAAAGUUACUUUAAUUCUGCCUCUAGGGUACUACUUACUGCAUGAAGAGAGGCGUGCUAAAACUUGUCUCCCUUGUCGAAGAUGGCAUAACAGUGGCGCUGGGGGCUUAAAGCCGUCGGCUGAGGAUUUGUGCAAGUAUUUGUGAAACUGCUGGAUGACCCCAUUUUUCUUUAGGGGUUCCCAAGAGAAGUUCAGAAGUUCAGGUCUACUGACCCUUCCAGCCCAGUAAACCUCCAGGGAGCUUAAGUGGUGUUAGAUCUCCCCUGCCCACAUGCUCCUAAAGACUCAGGUGAGUUUCAGAGAAUGCCCAGCGGGCCCAUUCCCCACACUCUCCUUCCCCAUCAGAUCCUCUAGCUUCUUUGAGCCCGGAUCCUUGGAGAAUCUCCUUAGCCAGGGUUGAAUGACAUUUUUCUGCAGCACUGUGUGCUGCAUUUUCCAGCCCUGCUGUUAAAGAUACUUUAGGGUAAGAGCAACUGGAAAGGCAUCUUUAUCAAAAAGCACCUUAGCAAAGUCCAGGAAAGAGCAGCUAUUUCGUCUUUGAAAAGCACAACUUAAAACCUGGAAGUAAACCUGUGCAUCUAGAAUCUGGUGUGAUAAGAAAUAAAAGUGGUGGUGAUGGACUAUAGAUUGUUAAAAUAUAUUGACUACUCAACUAUAAAGCAGAAUAUAAGUUCACAUUAAAAGUAACAGAGUAAUUUAGGCAGUAAUCCAGUGUUGAGUGUGAUUGUAUGUGUAGUUAUGUAAACAUUAUAUAAUUUUGCUGUUGACUGUAGGUUCAUUCUAACCUGUGUAUUAAUAGAUUGGAAUAACCCUCAAAAAAUAAUGACUACAUUAACUUGGUUGAAAUAGGUACUUUCUACUUAAACGGGAAGCAGAAACUAGCUAUCCUGUAUGCAGAAACACUAAACAGUACGGCCGAAACAAUUUAAAAGGUAAUAAAUUACACAGCGUUGAACUUGACUUUGACUACCUUCACUGGUGAUCAGUGGCACCUUCUGGAUUAAGCACCUGGAAGUCCGUAAUCCCUACUCGUACUAGGAUGAUGGAGUUCAUGUGUUGUGGGCAGUGUGCUGGCAGUAUUGAGUAAAGAAAAAAACACUCAGUUCAGUUAUGAUUAUUACUGUGCUCUGUAAGUGCUUACUAUGUGACAAGCACUGUCGUAAACUCUGGGGUAGAUAUAAGUUUAUCAGGUCAUACACACUCCUUAUCCCACCCGAGGCUCACAAGUCUAAAUAGUGGGGAGAAGAGACAUUGAAACAAGCAAGUCAUUGAAAAAUUCCAUAAUUUGGAGCAAUCCAAAGUUGAUGACAGUUUGAAUUUAAAAGGAUGAACACGGCUUUGGGUCAAGAUUCAUUCAUUUAAUCGUAUUUAUUGAGUGCUUACUGUGUGCAGAGCACUGUACUAAGUGCUGGGGAAGUACAAGUCGGCAACAUAUAGAGAUGGUCUGUACCCAAUAAGAUAGAUUAUGUUUGUUGUUAAUCUGAAAUGUGCCUUAUUUCACUUGUGUUGUUAUAAUUUGGUGUCAUUUCUUCCAAUGUUACCUUUAUAUUCUGUUUUCAUCGCCAGUCUGGAACCAACAAGUUUUCUAUAGGUUUCUAAAACUUAGUUUGAAAAUAGAACAAAAAAGAAGAACUGAUUAAGAAGUACAAUACAUCACAAGAAAAUGAACUUUAAAGGUUUAAUAUAUAUCUUAUCUAAAGUGAUUCCUGUUUAAUAAUUAUUUUGAAAAACUCAAGAUAUUUUUAAAGCAAUUUUGUAAAUACAAAUAGGUUUUAAUUUUUAAAUGCUUUCUUUUGCCAGUACCGAAUUUAUACUGUUAACAAUCAUUAGCCUUGAUAUUUCAUGUAAAGAAUAAAAGUAGUGCAUAUCAA